UUACCGAUGUGAUUUAGUGACGUCAUGCCCAAGCAGAAGAGAUAAAGCAGUGAAAAAACUGAAGCUGUGUUUUCUAUUAUAUUGAUAUUUGUACAUCACAAUCUCACAAAGUUUUAAAAAUGUCGUAUGCAUACCUUUUCAAGUAUAUCAUUAUUGGAGAUACAGGUGUUGGAAAAUCUUGCCUUUUAUUGCAAUUCACCGACAAAAGAUUUCAACCAGUUCAUGAUUUAACAAUAGGAGUAGAAUUUGGUGCUCGUAUGAUUACCAUUGACUCUAAACAAAUAAAAUUGCAGAUUUGGGAUACGGCUGGACAAGAAGCAUUCCGUUCUAUCACACGAUCUUAUUAUCGUGGCGCAGCAGGAGCAUUAUUGGUAUAUGACAUUACACGCAGAGAAACAUUCAAUCAUCUUACAACAUGGUUGGAAGAUGCUAGGCAACAUUCAAAUUCAAAUAUGGUGAUCAUGUUAAUUGGAAAUAAAAGUGAUCUUGAUUCACGAAGAGAAGUAAAAAGGGAAGAAGGAGAAGCAUUUGCCAGAGAACAUGGACUUGUUUUCAUGGAAACAAGUGCAAAGACAGCAGCAAAUGUUGAAGAAGCAUUCAUUAACACAGCGAAAGAAAUAUAUGAAAAAAUACAGGAGGGUGUAUUUGAUAUCAAUAAUGAGGCAAAUGGUAUUAAAAUUGGACCACAACAUUCUCCGACAAGUCCUAGUGGAUUAGCAGGCACCGGAGGACAAGGAAAUGCACAGGGCGGUGGGUGCUGCUAGGGGCUGGGGGUUGCCUGCCCACCGCUACAUCCUUCUCCGAUCUGAAUCGAUCCUUUUACUCCUGCUCCUCGUUUUAAUCUCAACCACCGACUUUGUACAUUUAAUUUUGCGCGCGUCGCAUCUUGAGGUAACGAGUGAUACAAUUGGUAUAUUUAUUAUUUGAAAAAUAUUAUAUACAUGGUAAUAGGAGUAUUAUAUAGCAAAAGUGUUAUACGUCAUUAGAAUCAUAAAAUAUAAUAAAAUCUUAAUUUACAGAUUAUCAGAUCAGUUUGUAUCAUCACAAUAUUACCUAGUAUAUUUUGUAUACAUAUACAUAUAUACAUGAAAAUCCAUAUAAUUCUUACUUUUAGAUUUACGUAACAUUAUUUUUUUAUUUUUAUCGUUAUUUAAAAGUUAAUAUAAUACUUUAAUUGAAUUCACACACUUUCUCAAAGUCCCAUAUGUAAUGUGCUGGUAAUAUUUUGAUUUGUUUUACUAUCAAGAAAUGAUAUUCUCUAUAUCACUAAAUUUAAAGUAUUAUCACUUUAUGCUCAUCGCUAUAUAAUGCGAUUUACUUCUAUCUGUAAAAUAUGGGAAUUAAAUAUAUUUACCAUGUUGAGAUAUU